AUGGAUGAAUCAUUUCAUUUUGCAUUGUUAAGAAUAUCGAUUGCUCAAAUUCUAAAAUCAAAUGGGUUUGAUAAAUGUAAACCAUCAACUUUAAAUAUCGUUACUGAUAUUUAUAUUCAAUAUAUGAAUAAAUUGAUUGAUCAAGUGAAUCAAUGUAUAAGUCAUAACGGUGAUAUCGAUGUCAUUGAUGUGUUCCAAGCGUUGAGUUUGAUAGGGACGGUUAAACCAAGUACAUUUAUAAAACUUCCUCCUAAAGGAGUCAAUCUUGGGGAUGGAAUAGAGAUUAAUGUUGAUAAACAGAUGAAAGUUACCAAUACAAAAUCAAUUGAAGCUUUUAAAAAUUGGAUAGAUUAUAGUGAUGAAUUCAGAUUAAGUUAUAAAUUAAAUCAAUUACCCAUGAAUCUUAUCAAGAAUUUGAUUGAAAAGAGGAAAAUAGAUGGUAAUGAUGGAGAAACAGAUCAAGAACGAAGAAAACGAAAACGGAAAGAACGUCAAGAAUAUUAUAAUCAAUUGAAUUUAAUCGAACAGAAUCCAAAUAGUAAUAAUACACCAGGAUUGACUCGGACUGCUUCUAUGCAAUUUGAUCAACAUUUACCCCCACAACAACAACAACAACAACAAAUACAACCUGAUGAUGAAGACAAAUUAACCAAUAAAGAUAAAUUAUUAUGGAUUAAUUAUUUGAUUGAAAAAGAUUUGAAAUUAGGUCAUGAUUUAAAAUUCAUAAAUACAAGUUUAGAACAAGAAUUUUUAAAAUUUCAAUCCAAUAUUAAAUUUCACCCGGAUCAACAAAAGAUUCAUAAUGUGAAUAAACAUGAUCAUAUAAUCAUCAAUAUCGAUGAAGUAGACGAUGAGAACGUCGAACAACCACCACAAAUACAGACCAAUGUUACGAACGAAGUCGUACCGAUCCAUCAUAAUGAAGUUAAACCAAGUGAAGAGUUGAAUGAAUUAUUACCCUACAAUAUCAAAUAUAAUGAUAAGUUAUUAGAUGAUGAUCUUAAUCAGUACAUACCACAACCACCAAAGGAAGAAGUACCGAUAGAGACCAAUGAAGGAGAUAGAGAUGAUAGAGUAUUUGAAGAUCAAGGGCUUAUACAUCAAGAUGAUAAUAUAAUCAUCAAUGAUGAAGGUGUAGGUGGUGAUAAUAGUUUAAUAUUUUAG